CACAUUCCUGCCGACGAUUGCCGCUUGACGACCCGGCCUUCCGUAUCCUACAGCUUUGCGCCAAACGAUCCUCGCAACCUCGAAAUUACAUAUCCAACUCGACGCAAGAACUUCCUCGCGAUUGCCCAACCCCAUCGCCGCACCAGCUCCUGACGACGUGCAAUCCUCGCUGCCAGGCUCACAUACACGACCGGCGUGGCAUACGGUCGGCGCAACAACAUGAUGGAAUUGGGCUAGCCUUCUCAGCGGUCUGCAGUGUCUUGGCCAGCCGCCACUCUCAACUGUAACCAGGCCGACCUGAAUGCGACCACCACACAGGAGCUGGUAAUAGUGAUCGCGGAGCCUGGCAACAUGGCUGACAACAAUAGCCCGGCAAGCUGGGGCGAGUUCGACGGGGCAUUCCUCGCUUUCAGUCUCCUGAGCGGCAUUCUCUCGGUCGUCUUCCUCCUGUACUUCAACCGCAUCCUAGGCUCGAUUGUCUCCUCCGUCAUCCGAACUUAUACAUGGCGGAUAUACAAGAUACACGUGGACGUUCAGGCAUUGCAGAUAUCCUUACUUGCUGGGCGUCUCUUCUUUAUAGGAUUCCGCUACCAUGGACAUAACGAAACGAUCCUGAUCCAGCAUGGCCACAUCACUUGGUCAUACUGGCAGCGGCGUGUCAGGGAUGCCAGCAUCUACAAUAAUAUCAAGGAGCCGGCCAGUCCCGCCAACAACGACAAUACGAACCAAGAGAAGAACACGAAACUGCCAUGCCUCAUCAAUGUGGCAGUCUCUGGUGUUGAGUGGUUCGUCUAUAAUCGUAGCGCUGCGUAUAAUUCUAUCGAGAGUGCGAUCAUCCAGAAUUCGAGCACUACCGCCAACUCUGCACACAGCACACAGGCUUCUUCAAAACCGAGUCAAGGACCCCGGCAACGGACUUCGAGGCCGUCAGACCAUGACGGUCCUGCUCAUGAAACGAAGCGUAGCGCACAGGACGAAAAGGCUGCGGUUCCUGAUCUGAAAUUUCAGUCACCAAGCUCAACGUCUAUGUCUCGGGACGAAGGUACGGCCUCCGCCACAAUCGACGACCUUCCGUUUCUCAUCCAGUUGUUUCCCAUACAUUUCGACUGUGACAAGGCUGCCCUAGUCAUGGGCAACCAGAAUACGCGUACUAUCUUGGUGGUCCAAACGCAUACCUUGUCAGGAGAAAUCGAUGCUGCCAGCGCUCAGGGUCCGGAUCCGUAUCGCCAGCUUUUCAAGCUCAACUUCGAGAAGCCCAUUAUACAGAUCAAACCGAAUCGGGAUUUCAAGGAAGACCAACUCACGGGGGCUGUCCGUGCUAAGCAGGAGGCAUUGGGCGAAGACCCUUCACCUCAACGCCCAUUUUUCCGCAGGCAUCGACGUCGGGUUUUAGGCCAGUUGCGGAACCUCGUGCCGUACUGGAGAAAGUCGGUCGAGUCGUUCUCGCUGGGAUCGAGACACGCCGGAACUACCAUUCCUGAUGGGCAGGUUCCAGGGGCACACAAUUGGCAGGGUCUCACACGCUACCUCAACGACGACGAAGAAGACGACAAGCUUAGGUGGGCGUCGCUGGAGUAUGCUGCUGUCGAAACCAUCGUUGAUAGUCCUUCGGCCACACUCACCAUGUUCUGGGAUGUGCCCGGGAAAGUACUGGCUCCGGCCUUGGACAAUAUCCAAUCUACCACCAAUCGUAUUAAUAGUGCCACACCACCCGCCUGGGCUAUCCGCAUCUCCAUCAACGGAGGCACUAUCAACUAUGGCCCUUGGGCGGACAGGCACCGUGCCGAGCUUCAGCGAGUGUUCUUCCCAGGUAUCUGCAAAGACGCGACCCCAGCCCAAAAACUGUCAGUCGGAGAGUUUCGGGUACCUACAGUGUUUGAGGUCUUUGUCGAGUUGGAUGACGAGGUCACACUUCGAAUACCGACACGAGAAGAUUCCAAGAACUGGCGCUGGAGGAAGCACGCCGAUGUGCAAAGGGAACAGCUCCAAGCAGAACGCCAACGGUCAAGUCGACGUAACCAGAAGUCAGCCGCCGCGCCUUCAACGCAGACGCGCCCUUAUGGCUGGCUCGAUGUCAAGAUUGCCCGCAACACAACUGUUUCCUACUCGAUGGAUAUGCUUGCAAGCCCUUCUGGAUACUCGAACGCCGUUAAUAUUGAUAUCCCCUCCACAGAGGUCUCCACCAGUGUCAAUCAUGGCAUUUUGUGGAAGUCUGGUCACCAGCAUAUUUGCUGUGAUCUAUCGGCGCCUUUGAAAUGGAAUGCACUUCGAACCUGGCGCUUUGACAUCGAAAGCGAUGGACUUGAGUUGUAUCUUCUCAGAGACCAUAUCUUCCUGCUCACAGACUUGGUCAACGAUUGGGGAAGUGGGCCGCCAGGGGAGUACUUACUCUUCACACCGUUCCGCUAUAUGCUCACGUUGCAGCUACGUCGCGUCAAGUUGUUCCUCAACGUCAACGAUUUCAACGUCAUUGACAAUCCAGUCGAGCCCGAUGAGAACGCCUUUCUCAUCAUUGAGAGUCCAUCCCUCGCAGUGGAUAGCUGUAUCCCCCUGGAUAGAUUCCGCCCCCAAAGUAACAGCAUCCCCUUCAAUGUGAAUGCAGACUCGCUCACCCUUGCUUUGCACGUUCCUCCAUGGAACACUCAGGCAAGCUUCCUAACAAGAAAGGAAAUUGGUCAUCUGGAGAAUCUAUCUCUUAGCGGCAAAUACCACUAUCUCGCAACCACCUCUCCAGCCAACACCGAUACUCUCUUGUUGAAUCUCAGUGCACAGUCUCUGAACGCACGCAUCCACGGAUUCCACAUACGGUACUUCCUGCAGUUAAAGGACAACUACUUCGGUGACCAUGUCCAUUUCCGGACACUGGACGAAUAUCAAGAAUCACUCCGUUUGGAGACUACCGACCCUGCAGCUGCGGCUGCAACUCGACCGCCGACGAAGAAAUCGAAUGAUCUCGACGUCAUGCUCAACAUUCAAGUAGCUGAUCCACGAGUACUGUUGCCUGCAAACAUUUACUCAUCGCAGCGUCAUCUUGUGAUCGAAACAGCGGUAAUAGCCAUCGACUUGCGCUUCACCAACUACUAUAUGGAUCUGGAGCUCGACGUGAGCCCCUUGAGCCUUUCAGCAGACAUGGAUGCCACUGGAGUUUCGAGUCCGUUCAGCGCAAGCACAAACACCCAGCUCUUCAUCGACGGCUUGAGAAUAUAUGGCCACCGUGUCUUCGGCCUUCCGCCGACUGAGCCUACAUAUAUGUGUAACUGGGAUAUCUCUGUCGGCGCGAUCAGUGGCGAGUGCUCCCCAGAGUUCCUCACGACUCUCAUACAUGGUGGCAAGGCCUUCGGGUUUUCCUUUGAUGAUGACGAGAAUGCACUCGUCCCGUUCUCCUCCAUCGUGGUUUUCGAUGUUACUUUCCUCCGAGUGGCCAUCGAGUCCAUCACGGUAUGGCUGGUCGUGGAUGAGGCAGCAUUUCUAUGCUCAACAAGUUCAAUUCAUGUCAACUUCAACGACUGGGCUCGAACUCACUACUCGAAGCGCGCGGAUAUCAGUAUUCCGAACCUUGAACUGGCUUGCGUUGAUGCGGAAUCUGCCACUCGAAAGAGAUCCCAGGGGAGGUCAAUCGCAAGGACUGAUGCAUUUUUUCGCACCACGGUCAAUUUCGCGCUUGUAGGCAGGAAACAUGACUUUGAGGAGGCUCGCCGGUUGCAGCAGGAGCUUAUUCGCCGACAUGACCAACGGACCCAGAGAACCCAAUUCCUACUGCUAGACGAAUUGCUUGAGCCACUUGUUCCGGAUACGAUCGACCCUGUUGCCCAAAGUGUGCCCAGUGUGCCACAGCCUUUGUCUCCUGACGAUAUCGAGGCUGAGGAGACAUCCUCGACGUCUCCCAAAUCAUCUUGGGAGCCUAAUCAACUUCGCAAGAAAAGCUCAUUUCUCUCACUUUCUAGCACGAGCACCCAGUCCUCAACUCCGGCCAAGUCGAGAGUCCUUCGGGGGCGUGAAAAACCAACUCUGCGCGUGCCUCUGGCGCAGGGCAACAAGUCGCGGCCGUCUGGAUCGACUCGGGACUUCUCCGUCUCUACUGGGCGACAUUCUGCGUUCUAUAGUGCCCAUGGUGACCUUCCCGAAAAGAAAGACCCGCAGCAUAGCACUGUUGCGUUCUCUAGCCUAUAUUUUGAGCCCUAUCUUCCUCUUGACAAUGUUGUUCCAGACUUCAAAGAAACCAUGCUACCUGCCAUGCAAGAACAAAUGAGAGACGGCAGAAGGCGUGGAGAAGGGCAAGACGCCGUUGGCGUGUUCUCGCUGGAAGACAUCGACCCCGAAUCGCUGCCGCAAGAUGUUGCGCAUCAGAGCUUGAUACUCGAGCUGCCGAAUGGGUUGACGGCCUUCUGCAACGCCCAAGCUCUCAGACAUAUCGCAGGGCUCUUGGCAGUGAUGCAACCCACGAACCCAGAAGAUAUUCUCGAUGCGCUACAAGUCUCCUCAAUCACGGACGUCCUCGACUGGCGAAAAGAAAGGGAGGUCAGCGGGAAACUCACCGAUGUCGCAGUGCGGCUACCACAAGCGAACUUCCGCUUCCUCAAUGACACUGGUAAUCAAUCGGAGCUUGAUGACCGCCGGCAGGACCAGUACGACUUGGAUUUACAAUCGAUAUCGCUAGCGAUUCGAUCAAGGUCACAGCCUGACCUUUCGAAAGAGAGCGAGAACGACGUGAAAUCGUCGGUACACUUUCACAUGCAAUCCGCCGAGUUGUCUGCUGCAGAACGCAUUGCUUCGAUUAAUCAGACCCAGGCAGCCGUUGUCACCACAGUUGAUAGGGUUCUGGUCACGCUUGGAUCCAAGGAUGUCACAUACGUGGAUGCAGAGGUUGGUGCUCUACGGACUACCUCAACUUCCGGGAAUGUGGAAUAUCUUGCCUCACUCAUACAUCGGACCAACUGCCUUGCGGAUGAGAUGGGAAAACUUUUCUCAACCACAAUGGCGAAAGCAGAGCACAGAACGCAACAUGUGAUCAGCACGUUGACGGCACAUAUGCAAGCCACCGGCGAUCCAAUUUUCCUAGUGCGGCCAUCAACCAUUCUGCGUGUGGCCACAGAUCAUUUGCGGACGUACGAUUCAUGGAAAAUGAUGAUGAGACUCCGUCAGCUGUGGGCCGUCAUGAAUGCGCAGUCCCGGGAACAUCUCAUCAUAGACUGUCUCAACGGACCUCCCAAGGCAAGCGCUGACUUGCGGCAGCAAGUCACCUCCGCCUUUGAGCGAUGGAGACAGUGGGACUUUGCAAACCUGAGGACUACGAUUCUUCUGGCCGAAAUAUUUGGCAAAGAGUCGCAAGAGCAUGGUAGGGAAAGCCUUCCGCUCUUAGCCGUUGCGAGAGUGCAACAAGCACAACUGGUGCUUGAUCCUGGGCCCAAACAAAAUCACGCUUUCCUUGUCGACCUGACUGUAAGAGUCGAGGACAAAGCUGUUGCCAGCUCGACGAUGCCGAGUUCCGAAACAUCGGUCACCAAUGUCAACAUAUACUGUGGGCAUGCUGGCAUGAAUCUUAAUUGGGAGCUUUGCGAGUUGCUGGAAGAUAUACUGAAACUUUCUAGCGAUACUGAAAUGCUCAAACAAGAAGCAUCGGAAUCAGACGUGCCAGCGACACCAUCCACCGACGGAGUUUCGAGACCCCGAGUGCUCCAUGUCGUCACUGCCAUGGCUCUAGGUUCCAUUGUUUUCGAAACCAUCAAUAUCACUGCAGAGGGUAAAAUGGAGGAACUCAGACUGUCCACGAUCGUCGACACUGAUGCAGGGACACCUCGGAAUGCCAACGCUUUACUCCAGAGCGAUACCGCCACUGUCAAGCUAUGGAGUCAUGCACAGCCGAUUGUAACUUCUCGAUUCGACAGGCCAAGCAUCUACGCAGAUUAUACGGCAAACAAGUCGUCGGAACUUCGCACAGCCCAGGCUAUCAAGCUUGUGGCUAGCAGCGACGACUUCAAACUCGCUGUGAAACAAGACCCCCUCGCGCUCACGGAGAUCGCAGAUAUGGUUGUGCGCGACGAGCUUUCACAGUUGUACUAUCUGCAAAAAAAGUUCCCGAAACGGGCAGCCUCAGGGGCAAACCCGCCGAUGUUGUCGAAGCCCGCCCCCACACAGCUUACCUUGACAAUGUUCAUGAACUCAUAUAAGAUCACAGCCCCUCUUCUCCGGUCAAUAAUCUACACUGUCUCUGGGGACGUCGCUCGUGCAAAGGUCGCUGGCGAGCUCGGCAGAGAGAUGGUGUUUGAUUUUGACAUAAAACAGAAUGAGCACCACGUGCAGGUCAAGGUGAACAACAAGCCACAACAUAUCUCUCUGUUCAAGAUCCCGCCAACAAAUGGGCGCAUCACAAGUACACAAUCGGCAGGAGAACAUUCCAUAGUCGUUUUUGCUUCUAUCGAAGAGGUGGAGCUGGAUGCCUCGAAUGUUUACAGUUUGUUGAGCGCCCUCAAUCGACCAGAGAUCUCGAGCACCCUGUCGGAACUGCAGCAACAGGGCAAAACAAUUGAGGCGCACCUGAAUGAGAUUUUCGACAGGACAGAAACAGACCAAGCAGUAACGGCUGAGAAGAAAAGUCCUUCUGUCGUCUACGAGGUCCACGGUACCCUCGCUGGAUUGAAGAUAUUCGGCGCGACGCCACUCAGCACCGGCACCGGCAUGUCUGCAGGCUUGAUGUUUGGUCUGCAAAGUGUGCACCUCCACCUUGGUAACAAGGCAGACAAGGGAAAGGUCUUGACCAGUCCAGCAUUCCACAUCAACCUCAGAAAGAUCAUGCUGAACAUUGAAAAGGGUCCCAUGGGGGAGCUGAACUCGUGCGGCAACAUGGAGUUUGCGGCUUUGCUAACAGCGAGCAACCGCGAGGCAGACGAUGGGACAGAGUUGAGGUCUUUUGAUUUCAAAUCUGACGGGUUUGAGCUUAAUUUCUCAUCGGACACUGUUUCAACAGUCAUCGAAGUCAUCGGCUACAUGGGAGACAAGAUCAAAGACCUGGACACCUCCCGAGAGCUUGAAUACCUCCGAAAGCUCCGUCAGUCGCGACCCAAGAUCAUCAUCAAUGAUGACGAAGGCGAGGCUGAUGAGGCAGAGACCGAUAUUUUUGACGCAUUCCUAUCGUCCAUCAUCUACUCUUUCGAGGUCAAGAACAUCAAGCUGUGUUGGCUCGUCUGUGGCGCAGGCCACCAGUCGACUACGGGUGAAGAGGACCUCGUGCUGUCCUUUGAAAGGGUCGAAUUUGGCACAAGGCAAAAGAAGAUGGCCAGGCUGCUCAUCGAAAACCUCCAGCUCCAGCUGGUGCCACCAGAGCAAGACAAGAUCAUGCGCAGUGCAAACUCGGCCCUCAUGCCUGAAGCUGUCUUCAAUAUUGCGUAUGUCUCGACGGACCAUACCCGCAGGCUCGCUUUCCAGGCAGUUGGAAAGUCCAUCGACCUUCGCCUGACAUCGGACUUUAUCAUCCCUGUCAAACAUUUACAAGACUCUAUCAGCCUGUCCAUGAAGAACGUUCAGCAGGCAUCUGAGACUUGGGCGCCCAUUGUUCCGCCACGUGAGAAGGCUGUCGAGGAUACUUUGGAGGAGCAUUCUCGUCCGAGGAAGUCUAUAUUCGGCAGCAAACGACUUGAAUCGCUUCUGAUCGAUGCUGAUUUCGCUGGUGCCGUGGUUCAUCUGUCAGCGAAGAAGCUUGACAGCGGAAACGGUGCAAACUGGGGACACUCUAAACGCAUCAGUAUGGCAGGCAAGUACGGACAGUUCAGCGGUGGAGACGGUGGCAGUGGAACCGUUUUGCGCACGCCCGGCCUUGCGCUCAAGGCAGAAUACCGAGACAGUGGCAGAGAAGAGCCUGCGGUCUACGGUGAACUCAAGGUCGAUGGAUCCCGCAACAUCCUGUAUCCGUCAGUCGUACCCCUUAUUCUUGACAUCACAUCAAGCAUCAAAGAUGUAGUCGGCAGCGAUACUCCACCGCCGACGCCGGGGGCCGCUCAGUCACCAGCGAGCGACAAAUCAGGCUCGGAAAAGGGUCUAGAGGAAAGCAACAUCCUCACAGCAGACCCUAGCGCUGUCCUUGGAGGCGUGAGGCUCAAUCUCGGUCUCCGGAUCUGCCAGCAAGAGUUCACACUCAGCUCGCAGCCCAUCGGACGAGUUGCGGCCACCAUGUCCUUCGGAGACAUCUAUCUUACGGCAAACACCGUGCACUCUCCCGAUAACGGGAAUUUCUUCGCAAUAUCAGGUGUGUUCAGCGAGUUCAAGACCGCCGUGCAGCACGUCUACUCGCGCGAGUCAACUGCCAAGUUCGAGGUCGACUCCAUUGUCCUCAGCUUAAUGAACAGCAAGCAUGUCAGUGGCACUAGUGGCAUAUCUGCGAUCAUCAAAGUCAGUCCUAUGGCGAUGGCAGUCAAUGCGAGGCAGCUGCAAGACUUCUUGCUUUUCAGAGAGAUUUGGCUCCCACGAGAUGUCCGCGCCACGCCAGCCGUGCCAAUUGCCAAGGAAACCUCGGACAUGUCGCAGGGGCAUCUCAUGCAACGAUAUCAGCAAGUCGCAGCAACAGCGGCGUUCCCCUGGACCGCGAGCUUGUCCAUCGAGGCACUGAACAUCAAGGUCGACCUGGGCCAGUCUUUGGGCAAGUCGGAGUUCUCCAUCAACAACUUCUGGAUCUCCUCCAAGAAGACCUCCGAUUGGGAGCAAAAUCUCUGCCUUGGCUUCCGCGAGAUCAGUGUGGACUUCAAGGGUCGCCUCAGCGGCUUUGUCACACUGCAAACGUUCAAGCUGCGCACUUCCAUUGAGUGGCCUGAGCGGAAACAAGCCCUGAACAAGACCCCACGAAUCCAGGCUUCAAUAGGCUUCCGCCAAUUUAGGAUGAAGGGCGCUUUCGACUACCAGGCGUUCCUUGUUGCCGACAUCACCUCGAUGGAGUUCCUGAUGUACAAUGUGCGCCAGGGCCGAGGAGAUCGGCUUGUGGCCAUCGUCGACGCUGGAGCGGUUCAGAUAUUCGGCGUAACGUCAUCAGCUGCGCAGGUUGUGGCACUCUGGGAGGCCAUCCAGAAGCUCAUCGCGGAAAGAAGGGCAGGGUUCGAGAGUUCGCUCAAGGACAUUGAGAAGUUCAUACAGAGACGCUCAACUACCGCGACAGGCGCAGUCCCUCCCACGCCGAAGAAGUUGCCGGAGACUGAAGUCGUGUCAAAGUCGCCCAUAUCUCUGGACACGGAUGUGAUUGUGGUGCUCAAGGCGCUCAAUCUCGGUGUGUUCCCGAGCACGUUCUCCGAUCGCCAAGUCUUCAAACUCGAAGCCAUGAACGCUCAACUGAGGUUUGCAGCCAGCAUGGAGACGCAGCGCAUUCACAGCGUGUUGGGACUCACGUUGGGCCAGCUGAGAAUCGGUUUGGCCGGUGUACGGAGCACUUCCACGACUUCUCCAUCUGUCAACGACCUGUCCGUGGAAGAUGUCGUACAGAGCGCCACGGGGAGUCGAGGUGGAACGAUUCUGAAAGUACCCCGAGUCGAGGCCGUGAUGCAAACCUUUCAAAAACCAGACUCGCGCACCAUCGAGUAUAUAUUCAAGAGUGCCUUUGAGGGCAAGGUUGAAGUGGGCUGGAACUACAGCCGCAUCGUGUCUAUUCGCGGCAUGUGGGCCAACCACUCAAGACUGCUCGCCCAGACUUGGGGCCGCGAGAUUCCAGCCCUCAGCGCCAUCAAAGUCACUGGUGUGCCAGAGCUGGACAAGGCAGAUGGGCAGGACAAGAACAACGGCGGCAGCCAGGAGCAGCAGCAAAAGAUCACGGCCGAAGUCAAUGUGCCCCAGAGCAAGUUUGAGUAUAUUGCGCUCGAGCCGCCCAUCAUCGAGACGCCACAGCUCCGCGACAUGGGCGAGGCCACGCCUCCGCUGGAGUGGAUCGGCAUCAACAGGGACAGGCUGCCGAACCUAACGCACCAGAUUGUCAUUGUGAGUCUGCUGGAGCUCGCGGGAGAGGUCGAGGAUGCGUAUGCCAAGAUCCUGGGCUCGUCGUAGGAAGGCCGCCGGGAGCCGGCGAGACUUGGCCUUUUUGUGUAACCAGGCUGCAUAUCAUGAUGAGCAGUCUACUGAGUAUCUGACCACCUCAUUACUCUUUAUUCGCUUUUCUCUUAUUCCUCUUCUCGAUAGACUGCACCAUCGGCAUAGCUUGGCGUUU